CUGGGCACACAGCACACCCUGAGAGGUUUAGAGAGCGCCAAAACCACACUGCCACUUCUGCCACUCGCAAACAAAUCCAAAACAGACUUUUGAGCGUAAAGAUGCCACUUUCAACCAGCUCCACGUCCUCCACGAAGAGCGUCCGCAGAGCAGCAUCCGAGCUGGAGAGAUCUGAUUCCAUCACGAUGUGUCGUACGGUUUACCUUGAUUGCAUUGCCGAUCUAAUGCGCGUUUGGAGAUGUAAAGCGCACCCAUCAAAUAUCAAGAAAGACACUCCAAAAUCUCCAAGAUUCGUCGGCAGACGACAAAGCUUGAUCGAGGACGCACGCAAGGAGAGGGAAGCCGCCGCUGCAGCGGCAGAGGCUGCAGAGGCCAGUGAACAGAUAGUGUUUGAGGAAGACGACGGAAAAGCGCUUCUCAACAUUUUCUUUACUUUAAGAAACUCCAAGACACCUGUCCUUUCGCGGACACUCAAAGUUUUCGAGACAUUUGAAGCUAAGAUUCACCAUCUGGAGACGCGACCAUGCCGGAAACUCAAAGACAGCCUGGAGGGCCUGGAGUACUUUGUCCGCUGUGAAGUGCACCUCUCGGACGUCAAUACUCUGAUCAGCUCCAUCAAGAGGAACUCAGAAGAUGUUAAAACCACCAAAGAAGUCAAAUUCCACUGGUUCCCAAAGAAAAUUGCAGAUUUGGACAAGUGUCACCAUCUGGUCACCAAAUUUGAUCCAGACUUAGACCAUGACCAUCCAGGCUACACAGAUCCUGCCUACAGACAGAGGAGGAAAAUGAUUGGGGACAUUGCCUUCAGAUACAGAUAUGGGCAGUCGAUCCCCAGAGUGGAAUACACAGAGGAGGAGAUCAACACAUGGCGAGAAGUAUAUUCAACCCUGAGGGACUUGUACACCACCCAUGCCUGCAGUGAAUACCUCGAGGCCUUUCGUCUGCUAGAGAGGCAUUGUGGGUACAGUCCAGACAACAUUCCCCAGUUGGAAGAUGUGUCAUGCUUCCUCAAAGAGCGCACAGGAUUUCAGCUGCGUCCAGUGGCAGGUCUGCUCUCAGCCAGAGAUUUUCUGGCCAGUUUGGCAUUCCGAGUGUUCCAGUGCACCCAGUACAUCCGACAUGCUUCCUCACCUAUGCACUCUCCAGAGCCUGACUGUGUCCAUGAAUUGUUGGGCCAUGUGCCCAUGCUGGCUGAUCGCACUUUUGCCCAAUUUUCACAGAAUCUUGGUUUGGCUUCACUGGGGGCUUCGGAUGAAGAUAUUGAGAAACUGUCCACGCUCUACUGGUUCACAGUUGAGUAUGGCUUAUGUAAACAAAAUGGUGAGGUCAGGGCUUAUGGAGCUGGACUGCUUUCCUCUUAUGGUGAACUUGUGCACUCUCUGUCGGAUGAACCAGAGACAAGAGAGUUUGAUCCAGAAGCUGCAGCAGUUCAGCCCUAUCAAGACCAGACAUACCAGCCUGUUUACUUUGUUUCUGAGAGUUUUUCAGAUGCCAAGGAGAAAUUCAGGACAUAUGUAGCUGGCAUCAAGCGUCCCUUCUCAGUCAGGUUUGAUCCAUACACCAGCAGUAUUGAAGUCCUGGACAACCCAAUGAAGAUCCAAGGAGGCCUGGAAGGAGUGAAGGAUGAGCUUAAGGUGCUGACAGAUGCCCUGAGUGUGUUGUCAUGAUGAUGCCCUGUCACCUUUUACCAUCCUCCUGUUGUUUCCUUUCCUCCCCGCCAACUCCAUGCUGUCCAAGAUUGCCAGUGUGUUCAUCUUUCUGUGCAGUACCUGCUUGUAUGAAUCCGAGUCGUUGCUUGUUGUGGUUUGCUGGUUGGCCAGCAAGGUUGCAGCCAUUAAAACCUCAAAAUUCAGCGCUGACAAGCUUUCCAAAGAUCUUAAAUGCUUCGCUGGGUGUGACUGUGUUUGUGAAAUGAUGGAGUUUUACUGAUUGGUCCAUUCAUGCUUUUAAAGUGUAUUGUUUGAGAAAUGUGUCAAAACUGGAGUCAAAAUCAAGAGUAACUGAUUAUGAAUGUAUUAAAAGAAAACUAAACAAGUAUGGUAUAGCUAUUUUAAAAUGAAAAAACACAAGGGUGUAUAUUUUAAUCAUUUAUGUAGAAAAUAAAAUACAUCUGUAAUUGCUCUGUCAAAAGCUUUAUUUUCCAGAUAUGUGAAUUUAGUAUUGGAGUAAUUAAACUCAUGGCUUUAAUAUGCUGUUCUGGUCUUGCAGUGUAUUUUAUGCUGGUUUUGUCUUGAAGUGUAAAUGCAUAAUAAAAGAAAAAAAAAAGAAAACAUACUUUCCAUGUAAUAAAACU